CAUCAGGAAGCGACGGAAAAGCUAGAAAGCCAGGCGUGCGCAAGCAGCCAGGCGCGCCCCGCGCAACCGCUGCCACCGUUCGCCGGAGAUGCUACGGGACUCUUUGUUCCCUUAGGCCUGUCACGAAGUCAGCAGCCAAUCUGGAACAGAAUUUACAGCAAAACAUAGUAGGACACUGGAAGUACGUAACGACGCCACCACGUGGCCCAUGUCAAAAUACACUGGCUUUGGUUCUUCGUUAAUAUCGACUUUUUCGGAGAUUCCUGUCGUCGGCUUGUAGAGAAGCCACUGUGAUGGUUUCGCUGACGAGUGUGCAUUCGUCACCAGCCACAUCGCUCUUUGUAGUGGCGGUAUUUCUGUGCGCAUGUGCGACGACGCCUUGCCUCGGAGGCGACGAAGCCAAUGCGAGUUCCCCGGAGACGGGGCGGUCCGAGGCGAGCUACGUGCAGAUGCUAAAGGAGUGGAUCGGCAACGCCAUGGACCGGGUGCCGCCUACGCUCAUGCGCAAGCUCCUGCAAGCGGACGUGUCGACUGAAUGCAGCCUAGGUCUUCUCAAGAUGAUGCGAGGAGUCCGCAAUCUGGAACCGUGGGCGCUGCGACUGAUUGACGCGUCCGGCAAGUACCCGACCGGAGCCUUCCAGAUGUCACGAGUUGAUCUGGGCGCCUUCGACGAAUGCGUAGAGACCGUGCUCUUCGACGACUACGGCAAUGAGAUGGCGCGCGGUCAGUACUGCAACCUGAUAGUUCACCCUGGCAACAAAACGGACCUGGACGACCUCAUCUCCUCGGCCAUGCGGUUUACGCAUCCACGGCUCGGAAAAUUCCGAAACAGCGUUUACGAACUGAGGAUCCCGCUGCUCUACCUGGGCGUAUGCACGCUCAACAACUGCAACCAGAAGGAGCUUCAGGAGCUGAUCAGAGCAGUGCUUCCUCCUUCAAUGGAUGUCACGAUAUCGAAUUGCGUAACGUCUUUGCCUCCCACCUUGACAAAAGGGCAGAUUGCUAUUUUAUCGUUUCUUGGCAUUUUGGUGCUGUUGCUUGUGGUUGGAACACUUCUGGAUAUAUGCAUCCCUGCAGGACAGGAUAUUAAAGGAAAGAACGAGAACUCACUUCUGUCUGCUUUGAAGUCAUUUUCUGUAGCGUCGAAUACGAACAUGAUGCUUCAUGUCGCUAAAGACAAGAACUCCGAGGCCUACAGGAUGCGCUUUCUACACGGCAUCCGCUUCUUCAGUAUCGUCUGGGUUAUAGCAGGACACAGCUAUGGUGCGACUUCGCAUGUGUGGUCACGCAUGGCGAACUUGGUUAAAUAUGCUGAUGAAUGGCACAGCAUGAUUGCAACAGCCGGAUUUAUAAGCGUCGACAGUUUCUUCUUUCUCAGUGGAUUUCUUCUAGCUGCAAUAGUAUGCAAGCAGAAACGGACUGGAAUCGUCAUAUUCCUGUUUGCUGUAAUUCGAAGAUUGAUCAGAACCAUGGCUCCGGUAUUCUUUUUCCUCAUGUGCCUAUACCUACUACCACUCAUUACGUCCGGACCGAACGCCCAAACUUACUUUCAAAGUGUUCACGAAGACUUCCGGAGCCAGUGGCUGUUUCUGCUGCUACAAGUGCAAAACUACUGCUUCGACAUCAACCCUGACAUCCGAAUGUUUCCCCACCUGUGGUACCUAUCCUUAGACUUCCAAUUCUUCCUCCUGAGCCUGCCGAUACUUCUGCUGCUGAAGAAUCGUCCUAAGAUUGCUGUCGCUAUAUUUGGACUGCUAUCAGUUGGUAGGGUGUUCCAUUGCAACGUGGCAAGUGGCCGGUAACGACAUGACACCUUUCGUCGUCGUGGUGACCGAGUCGGUAUCAACAUUUCUGAGGACUGGUUACCGCUACUACUUCUACCCCUUCUACCAUGCCGUCUGCUAUUUUUCGGGGUCAAUAACAUUUUUCUUGGUUGCUUGGUUCAGGGAGAGAAAGAUACCU